UUAAACAAUAAGUAAUUACUAAUAAACAUUAUCACAUGUAAACAGGGUUUCGCGCAGAUUAUGUUUAUCGCCGGAGUGAAGUCAGUCGCGUUCUGAGACCGGCGCAGAGACAUUGUGUGUGAGUCAUCGUGGAUUGAGUGAUGUGGGAGCCCAGCGAGCAGGGCUCGGAGCUGGCGGUGGUGGCGAGCAUGCCGCCGGCCGAGCUGGUGGCGCGGGCGACGCCCGUGGUCUCCACCAUGAACAUCACCAAGUCGUCGCGGGUGCACAUCGGCCCGAAGUUCGUCUCGGUCACGCAGAACGUUGAGAACGCUGAGCUGGUGAAGGGCCGUAUACUGGGCCUAGAGCUGGUGGCGCCGGCCAGGUCGAACGGGCUGCGCUGUAGCGUGGCCGUGUUCGUGUGCUGGGCCCUCGUCGUGGCCGUCGGCCUCGGCCUCUACCUGUUCCAUCUCGCCACCAAACCCACCAGGCUAGACCUAGGUCUAAAUGAAACCUGGUAUUUCCGUCGAGACGAUUGGCAAGCGAUGCCUCCGUACAACACGAACUACCUGUCCCUGCCGGUGCAGCAGGUCGUCAUCGGGCACACGGGCAGGGGUUACUGUAACCAGACUCGCCGCUGCAUUGAAACCAUGCUCGCAACACAAGCGGACAACCUACGAAGAGAUCUGGACGAUAUCGUCCCCAACUUUUUAAUCGGCGGCGAAGGAACGGUCUUCGAAGGGCGGGGAGCGAACGUAGUAGGAGCAAUGCUGAAAGGUCACAACUCAAAGAGUAUUAGCGUGAUGUUCAUGGGGGACUACAACACAGAUACGACAGCUGAUAUCCAGUUUGAACACUUGAGGGUUUUGAUAGAGCAGCUGGUGAAGGACGGCGUGCUGGAGCCGGACUACGUGGUGUUCGGGCAGUGCCAGCUGUCGCCGGACACGGUGCAGCCGGGCCGGCACGUGCUGGACCACUUGCAGGAAGUGCCGCAUUGGGCGAAUGUCAACACGGAACGCUGCCUUAGAUAUUUUAGGGCUUCGCAAACAAAAGGCGCCAGCCAGAUGGUAACAUCUAUGCAUUGUUCGCGCACCAAGAAACCUAUAAUGUCCAUAGCUAUACAAAACUCGCCUGUGAAGUCGCUACCGCACAAUAGACUGGGCACAGCCGGUGCAUGUGGACACACCAGGGCAGCAGAAUUCGAGAGCAACCUUCUAGCGCGACAGGAAGAUCUUAUCAUAUCAUAUGAUAGAGCUGGAAUUUGUUUGGACCUGCAUAUGACUCUACAAUGCUACUACUUACUUACCGGUACGUCCCUGGAACGUCUUCUGGAAGCCGAGGACAGCGACACAGAGUUCGAUAGUUGGCGCGAAUAUCAAGAACACAUACGUAACUCUAGAUCGACAACGUACUCCUGCCCGCAAUACGUGUGUAUGGUGGUGCGCAACACGUCCCGCGCCGAGCGGCUGUCGUGCGCGUGCGCGGCGGUCGCGCUGGCGCUGUGCACGGCGCUCAUAUUCUACUUCACGCUCGUGGUCAAGCGAGGCGAGCUCAACGUAGUCGAUAGAGCUCCUCACGAGUGGAACAUCACCCGCGAAGACUGGUUGGCGCACCCGCCGACGGGCAACAAUACCGUGGCCCGGUUCGCGCCGCUCAAACUCGUGGUAGUGCAGCACACCGUCAGCCCAGAGUGCCACCGGUUCACCAACUGCGCGGCGGAGCUGAGGAACUUGCAGAAGUACUUCUUGGAGUCGAAGAACCUUGGAUACGAUAUACCGUACAACUUCUUGAUCGGCAACGACGGCCGAGUUUACCAAGGUCGCGGGUGGAACCGCGAGGGCGCGCACACGUUUGGCUUCAACCGGUGCUCCCUCGGCGUCGCUUUUAUAGGAGACUACCGAGAAGAGCUGCCCAUCUACAGCCGCGUAUCGCACCUGCAGCUGCAGCGGUUCAACAUGCUGCUGGAGGACGGCGUGGCCCUGGGCUUCCUGCGCCCCGACUACUCCAUCCUCCCCGCCAAGGACGUGCAGGAGACCGCUAGCCCCGGCAGCAACCUCUACCGCGCGCUACAAACACUCGACCACUACGAGAGAACCCAUAGCUUUAGGGACAUGAAGUGUGAGGCGAUAUACGAUAAAUUAGGCUUACCUUAUCAUUUAUGAAUUAGUCUGAUAAGAUAUGACUUUUUUACUAGGUACCUGUAAUAUAUUAUAUAUAAAACUCUUGAGGUA